UUUCAUCUUCAACGUCAUUCGAUAUGGAAGAAGGUUGUUAGACUUCACCAGACUCCACCAUUUUGUUUAAUGAGCUAAAUCUUUACGAACGACUGUUUCGAAAUAUGUUAGGUUGGUGGAUUCCAAAUAUUAUAAUAGGUCUACUCAUACGACUGUUUUAGUAGAUAGCGUUCAGCAUUUUAAACAGAAUUCUUUUAAGAAAUCCUCUGCUCGUCAAGAAUGAGUAUUUCCAUUCAGAUUCCUCGGUAGCAUCGGGGAAAAUUCAGACUGAUUCUGUGCUGAAAAUCAGGGAAAUAUCAUUAAUGAAAUAGGUUGUGACAUACCAACUUCAUCGUUUAUAUAAAUAACAAAGGUUGGUGUCAAGAACCAUCCCUACGUCAUCGAAUGAUUCCAUACAUAAGGGCAUAUACUUUGUCAAGGAAUGAAGAUUGAACUCGCCUUGUCUAUAUUUCUCCUGAUUCAAUCUUCAACAUCAUUUAUCAUUAAUUGAUGCGGAUGCCUUCUUUGUGAUUGAAAAUGAUGAACUCCUUCACGACAGAUUGAAUCGUCUCAUCCCGUUUCUUGUCAACAAAAGAGAGGCAAAUUCUCGGAAGAAUCCGACCCAUUUCGGCACACCUUGACAACUCCUCCAAGAUGCCAUCAAUUGAUUGGGGUAUCCAAGGAACAUCGUCCCCAGGUCAUACGCAUGCUGAUGACUCGGACCAACCUUUCAUGCUACUCACUACCAAGAAACACCUUAUACGCCCUUACAGUAGCAGUCACAUUCAAGCGUCGCUUCGAAGACAUGAUCGCGACGCGGUCAUCCCGCGGAGCCGGACGGCGGUUAGAAGAACGACCGCGGUGAACGGAGGGAUGAGACCUUUGGCGGGAAAUUAUCGUGCAGCUUCUGCGGCAGCUUCACUUCGUGUUUCUCCAAUGAAGACCCGUGUGAGAAGUGCCAACUGUAAGAGCAAUGUCGUUACCGAUGAUGAACUGGAGAUCGACUACCGGAGGAUAGAAGACGAAGACCCCGAUCGCAUGACCGAGUCUGACGUCUACCAGGAAGUCAGAAAACUCAAGACACAGAAUAAUUACGAGCACGAAUCGCUCCGCGGUGGUAUAUCGCCCUCUAUCGUCCAAGCAUCGAAAAAGUUACAAACCAGCAAGUGCGCCGGCGUGACGGUCGUUCGGAUCGGUUCACAGUACCACGAUGGCUUAAAGGUCACAGGAGUACCAAUAAAGAUUAAUAUGGAUUUGAUGCAGAAAGAUGAAGACGUCCUAUCUGAAUGCAGUAUCCCAUCUGAAGAUAUUUGCGAAUGCCCUAAUUGCCGCGAUAAGAAAGCGACACAAGAACUACGUGAUCAAGAACUUGAUGAUACACUAUUAAAAAGUGACGAGUCAAUGUUAAUGGUAGUAUCAAAGUCACUCGGUGUCACCUCCCCAGUCAAGAGACCGAGCUCUAAUACUCAACAUAAUAGAAGAAGCUAUAGCAAAGAUGUUGUGCCAGCUCAAGCCCACAAGGAUAAGAACAGUGAGAGACCCAUCCCGAGGUCCAAAAGCGCAAGAACCCAAGUUUACUCUCCUUCAACACUAAAGAUUGACUCAGAUAGCUUGCCAGUCGUAUCAUCCCGCUCGAUCACUGGUCCGAGGAUACGAUACGAGGUCACCUCCUCUCUCAGCACGAAGGCUGUCGAAGAUGAUAACGACUCGGUCAUUUCCGGAAGUGGAGACUAUCUCAACAAGCAAAUCGAAGCAGUUGCGAAAGCCCAGGACACGAUCGAACACUACCCGAAUGUUGACGAACGGCCGAAGAUGAGUUCCGAGAUUCCGAUAUUUUCGUGGCGCCCAGCCUUGAAAGACAUUCUCCGCAGUAAAUCAGUUUCGCUGCGCCGACGAUCAAUGGGAUGCAUAUACGCAGACUCGACGUCUCCAGCGAAAUGCUUGAAACAUGGUAAAAAGUGUCCUGAAAUCCCUAAAACUGUUGAAGACAAUGUUACAAGCGGAGGUCCCUCAUCCUACGUGUGGAGUCGGGGCAGACGACUCAACAUUAGUAUCGAUAUGCGAUCGAUUCGAUUACCCCCUAUUUUGAGCUACAGCCAAAGAUCUGCGGAAGGUCCAUCGGAUUGUGCGGCUUGCGUAGCAGGUGUUUCGUGCUAAUACGGUGAUCAUCAUUGAUUAAACUGGCUUUAUGAAAUUUUGAGAAU